AUGUUGGUACAACGGCAUAUUGUGGUCGUGGUAAAAUCCCAUGAAUGCCAGUGCCUCGGUGCUAGUCUACAGCCAGCUCUUGAACGUCAACACAAAGGCAGGGAUCUUGCGAAUAUUCUCGUUCUUCUGGUUAUCCAAACUGCCCUGGGCCUAAAAGAUCCGACCUCAUUACGCUGCCAGUGCGACAAACACUUUCCCUUCCCACCUGGAUCUUUAAGUUCCAACUUGAAUGAAGCUGACUCACAUGGCAAUUUUUCAACCAAUUUAGACGCCCGCUCGACCCUUACUGCGAAGGUCGUGAAGGAAUUGGCUCAUGCUACUGCCCAGGGCAGUUUCGGUGACGUAUGGAAAUGCAUGUUCUCAAACAAAGAUAUUAACGCGGAGACCCACAGAUUUGGUUUGACGGUCUACUGCAACAAAGUAGCUCAUGCAGACCUCACAGGUUACUUGAUCACUAGGUGGUUGUGGCCAUCGCCGAGAGGUGUCAAGCCGGAGCGUCUAGAUAUCCCUAUCGUUGACAAUUGUCACGGGGACUUUAUGGAGCAAUUUUGGGUUGAGUCAUCACAGCGGCCUCAUUGCUGA